GGGUUUGCUAGGGUUAUUGGAGGAUGUCGACGGCGAGGGCGACGGACGAAGUGCCUGAAUCUCCGGCGAAGAAGGCAAAGAUGACGUCAGAGGAGAUGACGGCGAUGUCGGUGACGGCAAAGGAGAAGGGACGUGUCUACGUCGACGAGCAAGAUCUCGCCGACGACGAGUUCUACAACGAUGGUCUCCAUACGAUGACCGCGGAAGAGACGGAACGCUACAGCGAAGCUGUCAUGCGCAGCGAUGGUUUUGAGGUUCCUGAGUUGCCUAAUGUUUUUGCUUUCGGUCUCAUCAUACCCUAUAUAAAUAAUCUCCCCACGAAGUGCAUGGAGGAAAUUCUUAAAUAUGCCCGCUUUGCCAUCGAUCGCCAAAACGAAGAGAGAGUGAAAGAGGGUGCCAGGGAACUCCGUCUCGAUAUCACGAGAAUCGUCAACUGUAAUGUACAGGUCGCUUGCCCUAUCAACUAUUACAUCACUUUCGAGGCGAACGAUCUCGACACGAACGAGCUCGAUCAGUAUGAAGCCAAGGUGGUCACCAGUGUCUGUCAUGACGACGACGAGGUUCCAAUCUUCAGGAAAAAGGCCAAACCAACUAAUCCACCAGUGCCCACAGAGGCUUGCAAGAAUCACAAGAAAUUGUCAUAUGCAGGAAGGUUACAGGUUAUUAAGAGCUCUAUACUAGGAAUUCAAGUCUUCUGGACCUCAAAUUACAUCUUACCUGUUAGAGUUCUCAAAAAAAUUGAUGAAUUAUGCAGACAAUUUUUAUGGGGGAAAUAUGAUCAAUCAGCUAAAACAGUCCUUGCUGUCUCUUGGGAGAAAGUUUGCUUAGACAAGAAAAAAGGAGGAUUGAGGAUCUUCUCUGCCUCUAUCUGGAAUUUAGCCUCUGCAGUUAAGCUUCUUUGGUAUUUGCAUAUUAAUAAGGAAUGCUUAUGGAUUAAAUGGGUGAAUGGGACAUAUCUAAAAAACUGUAAUGUAUGGCAAGUUCAAGCAAAGAGGGGUGACUCAUGGAUGUGGAAACAAAUUUUGAGAGCCAGGGACAAGGCUGUGGAACUCAGUGGUAAUGUUGACAACCUGAAACAGAUGAUCAAGGCCAGUUCUAACAGCUCUAAAAUCAAAAUUGCUAAAAUAUACAGUGCUCUCUCCCCUGCAUCAAAUUCAGUCCCAUGGCAUAACAUGGUCUGGGGAGGUUUAUCCUAUCCAAAGCACUCAUUUAUCUGUUGGUUAGCUGUUAAUAACAGAUUACAAACCCAAGAUAGACUAUUAAGGCAGAGAAUUGUGAAUGCAAACAAAUGUAAACUCUGCACUGGUCCAUGCUUAGAGAGCCGAGAUCAUCUAUUUUUUGAAUGCUCCUUCUCCAAAGAGGUAUGGAAUCAAAUCAUGGAUUGGCUUCUUUUCAAAUGGAGAUCAUGUUCUUGGAAUUCCAUCAUUAAUUGGUAUUGUACAAAUUUAAGGAAGAAAGGUAUAAAGCAGAAUAUCAAGAGAGCAGCUUUAUCAGCUACCAUAUAUCACAUAUGGUAUGAGCGCAAUUUGAGGAUGUUUCAGCAGGUGUUCAAGUCUGAGGGGAGCUUGGUUAAGAGAAUUAAAGUUGACAUUCUAACUAUAUGCAUUAACUCUCCAAACAUUGCUGGGAAUCUAACUGAUUGGAUCAGUCCUGUUUAAAAUUGUAUAGAUUCUGAUGUUUCUGUUUUUGUUUCCUGUUUGAAUUCUCAAAACCUGAGAAUCUUGAAGCAUGUAAAGUUCAC